AUGACCACCCAAGAAAAGACAGCCCUCCGCGUCGUCGUGGGCAGCGACAACGCGGGGCACGCAUACAAGACGGCGCUGAAGGAGGUGCUGAAGAAGCAUUCGGGCGUGACGCACGUGCUGGACGUGGGCGUCGUCGACGCCGACGACGGCACCGCGUACCCGCAUCUCGCGGUCGAUGCGGCGAAGCUGAUCAAGAGUGGUGAGGCCGACCGCGCGCUCCUGAUCUGCGGGACGGGGCUGGGCGUCGCCAUCUCGGCGAACAAAGUGAGCGGCAUCCGCGCCGUGACCGCGCACGACCCGUACAGCGUCGAGCGCAGCGUGCUCAGCAACAACGCGCAGGUGCUGUGUUUCGGGCAGCGCGUGAUCGGGCUGGAGCUCGCCAAGAAACUCGUCGACGAGUGGGUCGAGUUGCGCUUCGACGAGAAGAGCGCCUCCGCCGAGAAGGUCGGCGUCAUUGGCGAGUACGAGGAGCGCUUUGGCGAGUUGUGA